AUGCUGCAACUUGGGAUCAUGCUGCACUCGCUUGUCAUCGGCCUGACCCUGUCCAUCACGCGAGGCCCUGAGUUCGCAACGCUCGUCACCGCGAUCCUCUUCCACCAGCUUUUUGAGGGCCUCUCGCUCGGCAUCCGGAUAGCAGGCCUGCCCGAAUCGCCAACGCAGGGCGCGUUCAGGCGGCUGCCAGGGCAUAUACUCAAGCCGCUGCUCUCAACGAUGUUCGCGCUGACGACGCCGGCCGGGAUCGGCAUCGGGCUCGUCGCGUUCGCGGAGCACGGCGCAGCCGAACGCGUGCGGCGCGUGCAGGGCUUCAUGAGCGCGAUGAGCGCGGGCAUGCUCGUGUACGCCGCGUGCGUCGAGAUGCUCGCGGGCGACUUUGUCAUGGACGCGAUGAUGUGGCGGAGCAGCCUCCGCCGGCAAGUCCUCGCGCUCUUCGCGCUCUUCAUGGGGGUAUGCGCGAUGUCAUUCAUUGGUGAAUAG